ACGAGAAUUCCGUGAGUGAGCUUCCCGCAGGGAGCAAAGGGCAGUGGGAUUGUGUCCCUGCCUGGCCAGCACCUCCCAGGGAUAUCAGACAGCGAGGGGACUGUGGUGAGGAGGAGGAGGAGGAGAAGGAGGAGGAGGAGGAGGAGGAGGAGGAAAGCACCUGGGAACUCCUUCAGCUCCCCAGGCUCACUCCCAAGCCAUGGCAGCCACCACGGUGACCGAUGCCGGCAGCGUGAGGAUCAUCACGGAGGUGAUCCCGGCCACAGAUCCCCGGGCAGCCCAGCUGGUCUCAGGCUCCCAGCCCCCUGCAGCUGCCAGGACAUCAUUCCAGACGCAAGGCUUCCAGAGGGCUCAUCCCAAGGUGUUGGGGACYAUCCACAUCUUCAGUGGGAUCAUCCACAUCUGCUUUGGGAUCAUCCUGACGCUGUCGGAGCAYGACAACCCUUCCCUCCCUGUGGCCAGCGGGAUCCUCUUCUGGCUUGGGAUCCUGCAGCUCCUGGUCUCAGGCUCGUUGCUGGUGGAAAGUGAAAGGAGAGACAGCCCCAUGCUGGUCAAGACCUGCUGCGUGGUCAACGUGGGCGUUGUCCUGAGCACGCUGGUGGCCACUGGGAUCCAUGGCAUGGCCAUCACCCGGCACAUGCCCGGCUGUGAGAAGCUCAGGCCUUUCCAGAUCCGCCCGGAAUGGUGCCUCAACAUGCAGGGCAAGAUCCUGAGCAAUGGGCUGGAUUCCACCUUGGUGCUUCUCAGCCUCCUGGGAUUCUGCGUGGCUGUGGCAGUUUUGGCGUUUGGRUACGACAUCGUCCGRCAGCACAGAUACACUCAACUGGCGCCGUAGCCAUGGCCAAGCCCCCGACAUGGAGCCGCAUCCCGGGGGCGACCCCGGUACCGGAC